AUGGAGCAGAGGCUGGCGCAGUUCCGAGCCGCGCGCCGCGCCCCCCAGCCCACGGCGGCCCCGGCGAGCGAGCAGCGCGCGGGGCCGGAAACAGGCCUCGGCCCGCGGGACCGCCCCGCCCAGGAGGAGACGCGCAGGCCGGGACCCCCGCAGGAUGUGGCCGCCGGUGCCCCCGCCCCGUGGGGCGCCCGGGCUCUCCUGACCCACGUGGCCUUGCUGAAGUUCCUGCUCUGGCUGGUGCUGCUGGGGCUCGCCGCGGAGCUGCAGUUCGGGCUGCCCUGCUUCGUCCUGUCGCUGUUCUACUGGCUCCACGCCGGCAUGCGCGGCCCCGGCGAGAGGCGGCCGGGGGAGCGAAGCGCCUACUCCGUCUUCAACCCGGGCUGCCAGGCCAUCCAGGGCACGCUCACCGCGGAGCAGCUGGAGCGCGAGUUACACUACGGCCCCGCCGCCGGGCGGUAGCGGCUGCGCCAGGGCACUGU